UUGUCAUUUUUAGCACGACCACAGAGGAUGCGGUGAAAAUUAUUCGUUCAUUUUAAAUAAUAUUUUUAACAACAAAAAAGGAGAAAAAGAAGUUAAAACUCAAUCCAGCCACAAGGUACAUUGUCCAUCCAUCUAAUUAUCAUGCAGUCGUCAAAAAUUAUCCAGGAUGCACUGGAUUUUCUCUCACAGGAAGCUCAAGAACUAUAUUUAGGACCGAGAAUACCAGAAUUAUUCGAUAUACCGACAUCUCUGCAGUUUACGCGGGAUUAUGUGGCUAAAAAUAUGCCAGUAAUACUGAGGGGUUGUCUUCAUUGGCCCGCAAUCACGAAAUGGAGUUCAAAAUAUUUUAGAAAUACAAUUGGGGGGAAGGACGUGACUGUUGCGGUCACGCCAAAUGGAUAUGCUGAUGGGAUUGCUGUGCACGAGAAGAAGGAUUAUUUUGUCAUGCCAGAGGAACAAGAGAUGAAGAUGGGAGACUUUCUAGACAAAUUAGACAACAAAAGUGACCUUAUUUAUUACAUUCAGAAGCAAAAUUCAAAUUUAUCAACUGAUUUUCAUGAACUUCUCAAUGACAUUGAUAUGGAGUCAUUGAAUUUCUCUAAAGAAAGUUUCAAUAAAGAUCCCGAUGCCAUUAAUUUCUGGAUGGGAGAUGAAAGAGCUGUUACGUCGAUGCACAAAGAUCCUUAUGAAAAUAUGUACUGCGUCAUAUCGGGUUACAAGGAUUUCGUGUUGAUUCCACCAGUUUGCUAUCACAACGUUCCACGAAAGGUGUACCCAUCUGCAGUUUACAAGACAGAUCAAAGGGGAAAAAUGACGAUAGAGCCCCUCCUUGAUGAAGAGACGAAGAAACCCGUGACUAUUGAGUGGGUGAGUGUUGAUCCUCUUGAUCCAGACUUGAAGACUUUCCCGCAGUAUUCAAAGGCCAUUCAGUAUGAGGUUCGGGUCAAUGCAGGAGAUAUACUGUACUUACCCAGCUUUUGGUACCAUCAUGUCCGUCAGAGUCACAAAUGUAUUGCUGUGAAUUUCUGGUAUGACAUGGAUUACGAUGCCAGAUAUUGCUACUAUAGAAUGAUUGAAAAAUUGUGUGCCAAUAAAGAUGUCUUGUAAAUUGAA